AUAAUCAUUUUACAAGAGAUGAAUUUAAUAUAACACAUCCUGUCUCGUGAACUAUAGCUAGUAUUCAUUUGAAUGAAUACAAACCUUAAAGUUAAAAGGAAUUAAAUGUUCGGAAUAAAUUUAAAAAUGAUUUUAAAUAUAUGUUUUUUUAACUUAUUUUUCAAUAUAUUACUUAUUGCAGCAGCAGAUAAAAAAAAUAGCAUAAAUGCAUUUUUUGAUGCUUUAUUGAGUGACAACAGCCAUGAAAAUCGAUACAAAGCUUUGCUGCAAACAGGAAUACAUGAUUUUUCAGUUGGAUUGUUUGAUGGAUCUGGUGGUCGCAUUGAUAAAAUAUCAAAUAUUCAGCGAACUGGUAAUGUUAUUGUGCACCCAGGAAAAGAGGAAACUUGGAUAGAAAUGUCUUUCACUAUACAACAUCUAGACGUAAUUUGGGAUGAUUCAACUUGUUUUGGAAUUAAGUGUCAACUUUGGGCUACUAUGUUAAACAAUAAAUUUGAUGUGAAAAUGGCUGUAAGACCAAUCAACUGUUUAGUGUCAUACAAUAUUAAUUUAAAUACUGUCGGAACAAUGGAAGUGAGUGUCUCAGAAUUACCUAAAUAUAUGCCAAGUUUUUUAUUUAAUGGAGCAUUAUACAUAGUAGAGGUGUUUUUUAAAGGGCCUCUAAUGGAAAGUGUCAAACAUCGUAUAAACCAUAGUGUUAUACAUGAUUUUAUAGAUAAAAAUCAAAUAAAUCAAAUAUGUAUAGCUGUCAAUGAAACAAUCUACUCCAAAAUGGAUUAAAUUUUAUGUUACCAAACAUUAAAUACAUUAUUUACCUACUAUUAUAUUUUAUUCAAAAAAUUGAAAAAACAAACAUAAAAUAAUAUCACAUUGGAAUUUUUAUUUCUUACUCAAGUAGGAGGUACUAAUAUUAAGAUUAGAAUUAAGUAAUAAAAUUAUUUUUAUUAGGUAUAGUGUAUGUAAUAAAUUAUAUUUAUUCUUUAUUUGUUAAUUAUUUUUAAUAAUUCUAGAAAUUAAUUACUUUUCUGCUGUAAAGUUUAUCAGUAAAGAUAAAACUAGACCAAAUUAUUUAUGACUAAUAUUCAUCUUAGUAUAUUUAAAAUACAAUAAAAUAUAUAACAAACAUUUUUAUUUAAUUUAUAUGUAUCAACUUAAGACCAUGUAAAAUAGGUAAUAUCAUGAUUCAUGAUGCUUACCAAACACCAAGAAUAGGAGUUAUUAAAGACAAGAAUAUUGCCUUUAAUUGUUUUCAACAAUGUUAUACUUAUACCUAUAAUAUUAUCAGUAUAUUGUAAAUGAGUCCUGAAUAAGAAAAAAAAAUAUAAUAAAUCAAUCAAGCCAGAUAUAAAUGAAAAAUAUACAAAUUGAGUCCAUUAGUUGGGAAACUAAAUACUAAUCGAGUCAGUCCUAGGAGAUUUAUUGAGUAAAGUAUAAAAUCAAUUUUAUAAAUACAUACAGAUAACUUGAAAAAAAUUUGUGAUCUCAUGCCUUUUUACAGAUAAAAGUUAUAAAAUAUAAAAUAUAUAUAAAAGUA